UGUAGAUGCGUGUGUACACUCACAGUUGUUUUGGUUGGUAAAUUUUAAGAUAUAAAUUUUGCCGUCAGCGUGUAACGCUAGAGCUGAAAGGAUCUGCCGAAAACUUCUCUGAAGUAUAAUCUGCGAAAUUGGAACAUAAUCUCGCGUACGGCAAAAGAAUAGCGGGUUCGUACAACAGCUUGCGGUAAACCUCGUCACUUGCUACAAAUCGCAAGGAUAAAUUGUAAUGACUUCUCUAAGACCAUUUACCUGUAACGACAUGUUUCGGUUCAACAAAGUGAACCUCGACCCGCUCACUGAAACCUACUGUCUUUCAUUCUAUAUGCAGUACCUCGCACAUUGGCCAGAAUAUUUUCAGGUGGCUGAAUCCCCUACCGGAGAAAUCAUGGGUUACAUCAUGGGCAAGGCCGAGGGUCAAAACGAAAACUGGCACGGACACGUAACAGCUCUCACGGUAUCUCCGGAUUAUCGACGACUCGGUCUAGCGGCUACGUUGAUGAACUUCCUGGAGGACGUUAGCGAAAAGAAACGGUGCUAUUUCGUGGAUUUAUUUGUCCGCGUGAGCAACAAGGUCGCCAUCGACAUGUACACUAAACUGGGAUACAUCGUUUACCGAACUGUGUUAGAAUAUUAUGUUGGCGAUCCCGACGAAGACGCGUACGACAUGAGAAAGGCCUGUUCGCGGGAUGUACAACGGAAAUCGGUCAUUCCCUUAGAACACCCGGUUCGACCAGAGGAAGUAGACUGAUUGCUUUUCUGAAAUGACAGUGACAGAGCCUAAAUACACAGUGAAUUUUGAUGUAAUGCGU